AUCCGUCUUAUCCUCUCAGCUCCUUACCAUCGCAAGCCUUGGUACAUAGUCAGUUCACUCAACAGGUUGCAGGUGCCAGCUGCACUGUUUAACGGCAUAGCGUAAAAUAACUGAAGAAAUAUAUGCAAACUCGCAUGUAGGAGGAACUAGACUGUAGGAGGCUGGACUGUCAACUAAAGGACAUUGUUGGAGGAUUCUAGAAGACCUUGUCUAACCAACUACACGCAUCCUUACCUAUGGAUUUACACUUUCGCUUUCACUUUUCCUCCUGACUGUUUCUUCGGAGGAGGAAGAGGUUUUUCAAGGUUUUCUUGAAUCCCGUUUGAAUGCAAAAAUGGGCUGCUCUCCAUCCAAAGGAAAGUUAUUUUCAAAGCCAGAAGGCCCUGGACCUCAAAAGGUUCUGUUGGUUGAAGAAAGACAAAACGGACCUCAAAAGGCUCCGCUGGCUGAAGCGCCACAAGAUGGUGAUGAUUCUCGACCUGAAGAGGAGAAAGGCCAAUAUUUAGAGGCCAACGAGAAAGAAAAUGAUGAACUACCUCUACCCAUUGAAGAAUUAACUACGAAAGAGACUUCAUGGUGUCAGUUGGCCUCCGACACGACGGGUGCCCAAAAUGCAGAGGACGUUGAAGAAACAGAGGUCAAUGUGAUGCCCCAAGAAGUAGUCCAUGAGGUUGUACAAACAGAUACGAUUAAAAAGGUGGAGAAAAGAAAGAAAAAUAAAGGCAAGAGAAGGUCUAACGAAAAGCAGAGAAGAUCUUCUAUUGUAAAGACAAAGUUGGACUUCGCGCCGCACAUGGUGAGGGCUCACCAGGCAGCCUAUGCCUUUCUGAACCCAAACAUUUCAAAAUAUGAGGCCCUGUUGGGCCUGCUGGACCAGGCCGCCCAGACACAGCUGUCCCUCAAGCCCACAAUGUCUGCUUUUGUGUUGCGCUUUGAGGAAAUCAACCAGGCUGUAGAAGAGAUGGCUGAGGAGGGGGAGUUCAUGUUGAAAGAGCAUGGGGACUACAUGGCCUUGCAUUCUGGUAUGAUGGGCACGGAUUUCAUGCCAACUAAACCUAGGACUGACACAGCCAACCCCCCUAAUCCACCUCCAGAUCUAUUAAAACAACUGCUCCAGCAUUCAACAGAGAAAAUGAGACUUGUGGGGGGCUCUGCCCAGGCACUGGGUGACACCACGCUGAUGGAGGCAGUGGAGUAUUUUUCUUCCGUCUCUGAACGUUUGGUUGAGAAGCUGCAGGCCAAGCAGGCAGCAGAGCACAGGUUGGCUCUAGUGCUGGCACGGGUGGAGCAGGCUGCCAUGAGGAAGUCUAACCCUGAGGAUUCGGCACUGCACAGUGAGGACAGCGGUAUCGGGGGAGAAAAUGAGAGUCUAACGGGAUCCGAGAGGUCACGCCGCCACCGUGAGAGUGCUGGAUCUGGAAGUUGUGGAUCUGGAAGCAACAUUUGCGAUGAUACCCUGCCCAGUAAUUUACUCAACCUUGUAGGGUAUCAUAAAGAUGAUGAAGAGGACGAGGAAGAGGGCGAUGAUGACCAUGAAGAGUAUGAGGACGAUGAAGGGGAUGGGCCUGAAAUGAAGAGGUCAAACUCUUCCCCACCAGAUCCCAGUCAACCUUGUCUUGUCAUGUCUGUAAAUUACAUGCAAGAUCAGCAGCCUACAGUUAAACGACCCCUGACUGCUGUCACUGCAACCAAGUCGGAAUACUCUUCAUCCACCGACAUAAUGAUGGAGCUACAAAAGAUCCAGAAGAACUUGGAUCAACGAAUGAAAAAGAUGGCUGAAAUCAGAGGAAAGAAAGAGUUAGCAGGGCCUCAUUAUAACCUGUAUAGAGCUGGACUAAGACGACAUUCAGCAAGUGGAUCAGCAGAUGCUCAAAAAGGCCUCUUCAGAACAAGUCAAUCACCUGGUCCCUUACCAAGGUUGGCACCUCAACCACCCAAGCACCAAUCUGUCAGAGGGCUGAUAAAUACCUUCAGCCAAGGGGUUGAUGGUAGACCAGGGCAGAGCCUUGCUAAUAUUCCACCUCAUAUCAGGAGGCCCAGAAAAAGUCAGUUAUCUGACAGAGUAAAUGGUAAUGAGGGAGGAUUAGUCAUCAAUGGCAACAAUAACAACAACAGAUGGCCUGAAGGUAGGGAUGACUUGGAUGAAGACAACCUACCACCUCCGCCCCCAGAGGUUAUGAUGGACGAUUCCUUCCAGAGUACUGAGGACAUACCAGGAAAUAAGGAAGGGUCACGGGAGGAUUUGGUUCUCCCAAUAAUAAACCAAAAGGCCGGAGUCUCCCAGCGCCUCAAGGCAUCAGUGCAGAAUGUGGAAGUGCUGCCAAACCGAGCCAACAUGGUGCCAAGAUCUAUCAGUUUCUUGCCUAUCAGGCAGGAUGCUGUUAUGGGAGCGCAAGAAGAAACUGACCUGGAUCCAGAAAUGGAGAGGGUUAAAUGUCUCUACCAAAAGGCACGUAAGAUGAUUCACCUGUGCAAUACAGGAGAAUCUCAUGACAAGAGAGAUACUACAGAAUUGAGCGGCAGAGUAACUUCACCCCUUCAAGCAAGAAUGGGCCAGCGAAGUGGAAGCACUGAAUUCUACGAGGGUGAGAUGUCCUCUUACAGCCUGCCUGUGACAGCACCGCCUGUCUCUAGAGUCCGCCUACCGCCAUCUUGUCCUUCUGUGUGCCACAGAUAUCCACACCCUCCUGCGUACAGAUCUCAGUCCGCCUCUAGGCCCUCAUCUCGCCCAAGUUCUCCAAGAACAGUGACACGUGCCACAGAUAACAACGAAGAAGAAAUCAUUCCGUCUGUGUCCUUUCGCGAUGCCCGCUCAGUCUUCUGUCGAAAGGACUCUGAGACCUGCAGUUCCUCUGGAAGUUCAGUACUCCCCAAACUAUCCCGAGGCCGGCUUCCCACAAGAGGAAUAGACGACUCUACCCGUCGUACCCAAUCAGAACAGAGGCCUUGUUUGACUUCCCAUUCAGAGUUUUCCAAAGAUGGCUGUUCAGCCACUACCCAGGCCAAUGGGGAGUGAGCCUUUUACCACAAAAUAUAGGCCGGACAGCCCUCUGAUGACAGGAGACGACUCCCGGAUGGAUCCAAGUGCUGCUGUUACGACAGCGUAGAGCCCGGCUGUGAUUGGUCAGGGUUUGCUAAAGUGAAACACGAGGUGGAAAGGGAAUGGAAAAAAGGAUUAAGGGAUUUAGACCCUUUCUCUUUUCUUACCUUGUUCAGAGAGCGGGUGUUAGACAUAUUUAUAGAAUAAAUUUAAGCAGUUAAGGGCCUGAAAAUGUCUCUCUGAUUGACUUCUGAAAACCUUUGUCUAUGUGAGUUUUUAGAGUGGCAUACUUAAUUUGAAUCUAUAUGUUGAAUCUAUAAUCUACGUUGAAUUUGUUUGAAGUUAAAGAAACAUGUAGUCAUUUUGUAAUACCAGCCAAUGGCACCCCCAAAUGUCCUCUCCAAAAAGUACGCCUUUAAUUUAAAUAAUAAUCAAAUGUACUUUUUGUAUGUGUUCUAUUUUGUGUUUGGACUAUUUGUACUAGCUUCCCAUCUAUGUUAACCAUGUUUUCUACCUCAACUGUGUCCCAAUAAAAGAGAAAAAUCUGCCCAAA